UGCCGCAUGGCGGGAGUUGCAGGCCGCAAUGCGACGGCGGCGGGUGGAGGAAACAAGCAUUGACGGCGGACUGAAGGGGAGAAAUGGACCCCCCGGCGGAGCUCCCCCAAAGGCGGGCGGGCGGACGACGCCAGAUAGACGGAAACAUGGCCGCCUGGCUCUUUCGCAUCAUCAGCUCAACCAGCCAACCAACCUGCCCCCCCACUCAGUCUGUCCUGAUGCACAAAAUAUGACGAGGUGCGACCCGCAGCCAGACUUUCAGGACAGUAUUGAUCAUCCGACAAUCGCACCAUGAGCCUUGAUCCGAGCUCGUUUCCGAGGUCCAACUCCCCCGCAAGCUCCGACAGCUCUCUCACGCGCUCCCGACUACGGGGGAAGGAAGAACCUUUGAAAAAGGACAAGAACUACCGCCGUUAUGCCACCACGGUGGAACGAGCCCUGUCGCUGUUCGACACCGCGUUGCAGGAAUGGGCGGAUUACAUUUCAUUCCUGAGCCGGCUGCUAAAGGCUCUCCAAUCUCAUCCGGCGGACUUGCCCAUUGUGCCUCAUAAAUUACUGGUUGCGAAACGCCUUUCUCAGUGCCUGAACCCUUCAUUGCCGUCUGGUGUCCACCAGAAAGCUCUCGAAGUAUAUACAUACAUAUUCAAUCUGAUCAAGCCGGAAGGACUGUCGCAGGACCUACCCUUGUAUCUCCCUGGUAUCGCGCCCACUUUGACGUUCGCUUCGCUCACCGUCCGACCCCUCUUCCUGUCCCUAAUGGAAACACACAUAUGCAGCCUAGAACCAUGGGCAAUUCGGCCGGCUUUGAAGGCUAUCAUUUUGGCUCUUCUGCCCGGGCUGGAGGAGGAGACGAGUGACGACUUUGAUCCUACGAUGCGACUUGUCAACAAAUUCCGCGACAUUGCGAGCAAGAUGGAGACAUAUAAAGAAGGAACGGAAGCUAGCCAUAGUGGCCACUACUUCUGGCAGUGCCUGUUUCUUGCAUCUAUUACCAGUCCUAGUCGGCGUGCAGGUGUACUUGCUUACUUGAACCGCUAUCUCCCGAAGCUGGGCAUCACAGACCGCAGGCCGAGUAAGGGUGAUGUGAACGAUGCUCCGGAUCUCCCUCAUGACAUCUCCGUGGCUGCCGAUUCGGUUAUUCUACCGGAACCUGGCUUGCUGAUCCGGUGUUUCGCAACUGGACUGGCAGACGAGCAAGUACUUGUGCAGCGGAAUUUUCUUGAUUUGCUUGUGACACAUCUACCACUGAGCUCUCCUAUUUUGCAGUCUCGAAUUACCAGAGAAGAUCUCCAGAGGCUGAUAAUUGCAGCCGUGGGAGUUGUGUCGCGGCGAGACAUGAGCCUGAACAGGAGAUUAUGGUCUUGGCUCCUCGGCCCAGAGCCUUCUAACGACCGACCUUCAUUUGAAGUUCGCAAUUCCAUGUCAGAGAACGCGCAUCAACCGGAUCCUGAUGCUCAGGAAAUUUCUCAAUCUGAGUACUUCAGUAGAUUCGGGCUGACUUCCCUGGUAAAUGGUCUGCUUGGUAUGAUUGAGCAAGAUACAGAGGUGCCUUCGGAGAAGACAAGACCAUUCCGCAUAUCGCUAUCACUGAUGGACCGGUGGGAAGUUGGCGGCUACAUUGUGCCAGAAGUCUUUCUGCCAAUUAUGCGAAGUGUUCAAGCCUUUGAAUCGAAAGCGCCCAAAAGUCAGUUUGAGGAAGUUUUCCGCAGUGCCAGCUCUUUCUUCGAUGGCGUUGAAAGCGGGGUUAUCUUCUCCGAGCUUCUCUACCUAGUUGACUGGAAGCCUCAGGACUUAGCUUCUGGGGACGAAAAAUUAUUGAGAAAUCUGGAGCUUGCGCAUUUUAUUCUUGAAAACUUCAAUGUGCGCGAAGAAGACAUGGUACUUGCGCACGUACCUUUGCUGACCCUUUCCACCAUCAUCAAGAUGAGCGAGCUCUCUCCGGAAAAGAAUCCCAAAUUGAGUGAUAAUCAGUUACAUCGUGUGGCGAACGGGCUAUCCAAGGUUAUGAAUUCUCUAACCGGGUUGCUUACCGAGAGGGCCUUCUUGAUGAAGUCAGAUUCACUCAAGGACAGCUCUGGUUCUGACGCAGCUGGCUCUGAUAUCCUAAGAAGGAUACAUGCCUUUUAUGAACAAAGCAAGAACAGUCUGGAUCCUCAGCCACUUCCAUUCGUCCCCAAACCCCUGGGGGAACUCAUUGUUCGGAAUGCCUACGAGCAAGCCAUUGAAGCCCUCGAUGGUCACGGUGAUGCUACACAGAUGCACGAACGGAUCAGCCUUCUCAUAAUCAUGUUGAAGAAGCUUCCGAAGACACGGUUGCUACGCGAUAGGCGUCUUUACCUAGCGCUUUGCAAACGUGUUCGCACUGAACAAGCUCAGACGUCCACUGCAUCCUUCUCGGCCGUUUCCUCAAUUGCUUCCGCCAUGACGAGCAUGUACUUUAUCCACAGCCCUGGGUAUUAUAUCAGCUAUGAAGACGUCUCCGACUUGAUACCGGCACUCGUCGGCCGCCUGUGGCAGUUCCUCUCACCAUUAAACCCCAAGUUCCAUGUCGAGGCUGUUCGUUCCUUAUGGCACUUACAUUCUGUCUCUUGGUCAGACCAUCUAGUUGAGGCUGCUAUUGCCUCCCUGAUGGUUGACGUGUCUGGCGGAUAUCGCCAAGUAUCGUCAGCAGAGCAGGCCGGACAGUAUUUUGUUCUCUGGUCUCACAGUCAUCACGGUACAUAUGAGCUUCCUCCAAAGCACUCCCAUGAUUUUCCCCAAACCGGAAUUUCGUACCAAUCCUCAAUGCUUGAGCGCCCUCUAUUCAUAGUUUUGGAUUUGCUCAACCAAGGUGUGAGUGAAGCUUCCCAGACCGUGCACCGUUGGCUCGAGGAUCUGUCUUCCAUACACAAGGUCUUUCGUAUGGUUGUUUCGAAGCUUGAUCGUCUCUUCCAACGGUCAGACAGCUUGGAACCAGACACUGCAAAUCCAACCAUCUCCCCAGACGACUACAAAGAGUGUAGCUACCUAUUGCAGACAAUUUCCAAUUUAAUUUCAACUCUCGCUCAUAACGGAUGGAUCAGUCUGCUCACGCAGACGCUGGUGCAGGUUGAGAAACACAAGGAUACCCCCGCAUCGGAAGAUAACGUUGGCGCUCAAAGUCUUCAUGCCGUCAUUUUCCAAUCAUCGCUCAAAGUGAUUAGUGGGCAUAAAACGACCGCCGCGCAGAGCUUGGAGGAGGUCAAAUUGCAACAAACUGCGCUGCUUGUCAUGCGCCAGCUUCUGCUGGGUCCUGGAGCCGAAGAGGUGGCAGAGUCGGGAAUUGACUCGUUCUUAAUCGAUCGACUUUCUAGUGUGCUUGAUAAAGGCGGCAGUGUCGCCAUUCAAGCGGCACUUAUUGACACUCUCCUCGCGGCGUUGAAGGUUCGAUUCGCUCAGGCGUACCUCCCCCCUCCUCCCCCGCGGCCAAAGCAUCAAAGGGCCGGCUCUCGGGAGCGUUUGACAAGCCCUUCCAUCUUGUCUUUCACAAGCGACAAACCAGAUAGAACCCCUGCACUGCCCCUUCUGCCUCAACCCCCUCAACAACUUCUUCAAUGCCUUCUCAAGGGUAUCAGUUCCCCAAACUCCAGAGAAAUCGUGGAGAGGUGGACAGUACUGCUUUGUGAAAUGCUUCCAUUAUACACGGGAUCGAUCUUCCAAAUUCUCCUGAUGCUGGUGGAAUGUUUCUGCAAGGAAAUCCAAUUAGCCUAUGCGAGCCUGCAACUGUCUUUCAAGCGCACGGAAGGAUGGCCAGAAGAUCGUUCCGAACACGCCACGAUUGCUUUACUCACCGGCCUGGAAACCUGCAUUGCAACUGCGCACGAGCGUCUACUAGUGGAAGAGGCCAAUGUGCCGGCCGCCAAAAGUCCGGACCAGAAUCAUGGAUUUUUUGGCAAUAUGGUGUCGGGCGUCUUUACGUCCGAAGCGAGUCAAACUCGAUCCAGUGCGGCCAAUAACCGCCUUACGGUUUUGCUUUGCUUUCAAGACGCAGUGAGACUAUGCUUUUCCAUAUGGUCAUGGGGAGCGGUGGAGCGCAGCACCCUCCCUCAAGACCCGGAAUCCUUGGCAUCGUUCCAAUAUACAUCUCUUCGCAUGAGGAAUCGAUCGCGUCGAAUCCUUGAACAUCUUUUCACGGCCGAGGCACUGGAAUGUCUCGAGACGGCGGUGGAAGUGUGGACCAAAUCGGAUAGUGAUACAUCGUCCCUGAUCAUUAGCCUGCUUCAUACCCUAGAUGGGUCUCGACCAAAGAUCACUAUCCCGGCUGUGUUCAACUCCAUCUACACGCGGACAAACCCUGCCGCAUUGGAUCCGAGCCGCAAGUCCACCUUGACUGCAAGCCUUACGGAAUCGGAACUGGCAGGAUUCCUGGUGACCUAUGCUAGAUCGCUUGACGAUGACGUCCUCGAUGAGAUCUGGGCAGAUUGCACGACAUUCCUACGGGAUGUUUUGAGCAACCCUUUCCCGCAUAGACAGAUCCUUCCACGGUUAGUGGAAUUUGCCGGGAUCCUUGGAGCGAAGUUGGAAAAUACUAGUUUUGGAGAAGAUAGGAGGAUGAGAAAGGAGCUUGGGGACGUCCUCCUGCGUCUACUGACUGCAAUAUUCACCAGCAAGCCCCUGGGUCUCUCCCAGGAGUCGGCACUUCUUGGUCGGGCAUCAAUCGACUAUGACAAUGCGUCAAUGCCGCAUGUCGGGCCGGAUGACAUGCUUAGCAUUCUUGCCGCCUCCAUGCCCGCCUUCACGACCACCUUGGGAGAAUCGGACCGUAUCAACACAGCGGUGUCUGGAAUAUCCACCCAUUUAGUUGGGCCUCUCUUCCGCUCACGCCUCUUCCCCAACAAUGUGAGCCGGAACUUUAUGGUCCUGCUCCAGCACAUAGCCAAGAUACCGGUUGCCUCCAAGGUUUGGAAAAAGGAUGUAUCCGACGCCUUCAACGACCCAAGGUUCUUCGGGAUGCAGAUGGAUCUUGUCAAAGACGGCUGGAUGAAUCUUUUGCGGCAAUGGGUGCUUGCAGACAAGGAUCGGUUCUCCGAAUUGAUGUCUCGACUCACUCCGCCGAGUACUGCAGGCAUCAUGUUUGGUGUCGGAGCUUCUGCCGCCCGUCUCGAGGCUGACCGAAAGGCGCAGUUGAACCUCCGUAGGAUCUGCCUCCUCAUUCUGUCCGCCAACAACGACUACUUUAUCACGGAGCUGCCUGCGCUCCUUCAGAAACUGGAAGAUCUCUUGGGAGCGACCAGCUCCUCGUCCCCAUCCUCCACGACUAGGUCUGAGGUGUUCAUGGUUCUUCGAGCCCUGGCACUCAAGAGCACCGCCACCACUCUGGCCACAUUCUGGCCGUUGAUAAACUCUGAGCUCCAAGAAGCCAUCUCGUCGGUGCCACUUGGACAGCAGCAGGAAGUGUACAACCCAUACUCACUGCUCCAGGCGUGCAAGCUUCUCGAUACACUGCUGAUCCUCGCGCCGGACGACUUUCAACUCCUCGAAUGGCUUUAUGUAACCGAUAAUAUCGAUGCCGUCUACCCUCCGGAUCGCUUUGAGCCUCUGGCGCUCGCCGACGAAAUAUCGCAGAGUUUGGGUGCGAGGGGAUCCGUCGCGUCAGAUGGGCUUGGAGAGACAACGGAUAGCCAUGGAGGGAAGCAGCCAAGCCUGACGGCUGACUGGAUUCGUGAAACGGCGAAAGAUGAGAUUGUUGAACGCGUCCUUCGUCCAUUCUUCGAUCAGCUCAGCAUCCAUGCUUUCGAGAGCACGUAUAGCAUGGGCCAUCCGCGGUUGGACGUCUGCCGAGACGACCUGCUGGCGGAUCUGUUCAACGAAAGCACAAUGGCCAAUUAACAGCGUAGUCCAUUUGUUCCCGAUUAUCUAGCGAGCUCUUGUAUUAUACCCCAUGCCUGCAUGCCAUCCUCCGCGCGGUCAAUCGCACGAUCUGCAAUCUCUGUACUAGAUAGACUCGGCUUAGCGUUGCUUUUGGGCGUCUAAUAGUUAUUGAGAAGGUUGCACCUGUGGAUAAAUCCAGUAGCAUUGCCAG